CCACGUUUUAUUUUACACAAAAAUACAUUAUUUCAGGGGGAAGCCUUGCAUACUUGAUCCAGAACCAGCUAAAUAACUAAACUGUUCCGGUUCUUGAGGUUGAUCUUAGAUUCGAAUUGCAGAGGUAAACAACUAGAAAAUCAUGGAAAUCAUUCGAGUUACAAUGGAAAGAUUGGAAUUUGUAUACAAAAGAUUCACAACAAUCUUAGUUGUGUGUUUCAUAGCCUUGCCAGUGUUAUUCAUGAUCUCAAUGAUGUCUCAAAACUCAAAAUUUGAUCUAAGUGCAGUCUUUGGGGUAAAAGUUCAAAAUGCUAUAGCAUUAGAUUCAAAGUAUGAGGCCUAUCAGCCUACCAGCAUUCCAGUUGAUAAAUUGGUUGAUAACACUUUGGCUUAUGGAUUUGGUAAAGGAUCAGAACCAAAAUACGAGUCCUCUCAACCUAGCAGCACACUGGAAAGCAAACUGCUUAAUAGAACUGUAGCUCCUAAAUUUGGGAAAUUAUCAGAUUCUGAAUAUGAGUCCUCUCUGCCAACCAGCAUACCAGAACCAGAUGACAAACAACUUAAUGGAACUCUAUCUUCCAGAUUUAUUGGUGUAUCAGUUUCGGGAAACGAGUCCUCCCAGCCAACCAGCAUAUCCAAUGACAACUUGCUUAAUGGAACUUUGGGUCCCAAAUUUGUAGACACAUCAAGUUCAAGAAACAAUUCCUUUCAAUCUAAAAGCAUGGAUAAGGAUAAAUUGCUUGACGGACUAAUCCUUCCUGGAUUUGGUGAAAGAUCCUGUUUAAGCAGGUACCAGUCAAUCCUUUAUCGCAGAAUUUCACCCCAUAAGCCCUCUCCCUUUCUCCUUUCAAAACUGCGUGAUUAUGAAGGUCUUCACAAACGCUGUGGACCUCAUAGCAUAUCCUACAACAGAACCUUAAAGGUACUCAAAUCUAGCCAUGUAGGUAUUACCAGAGAAUGUAAAUACAUUGUAUGGAGACCGGACAAUGGAUUGGGAAAUAGGAUGGCUAGCAUGGCUUCAUCAUUUCUUUAUGCUCUCCUCUCAAAUCGAGUCCUGCUUGUUGAUCAUGGGACUGACAUGGCUGAUCUCUUUUGUGAGCCAUUUCCAAAUACAUCAUGGUUAUUGCCUAAAGACUUUCCUCUCAGGAAUCAAUUUCAUAAUUCUCAACUGAGGUAUGCUCAUAGUUUGAGAGGCAUGCUAGAAAAGGGUAGGAUAAACAAAUCAAUGGAGGCAACACCACCAUAUCUAUAUCUUACUCUAAAAAAACGCGAGGAUAAUCUUGAUAAACAAGUUUUUUACUGUGAUCAAAGCCAAGUUCUCCUCCAAAAGGUCCCUUGGUUGAUUCUGUUAUCGGAGCAAUAUUUUGUCCCUUCUUUCUUCUUGAUUCCAUCUUUCAAAGAAGAGGUAAGCAAAUUGUUCCCUGAAAAAGAAACUGUUUUCCAUCACCUAGGUCGAUAUCUUUUCAAUCCUUCAAAUAGGGUAUGGAGGCAGCUAAUCACCAGGUUCUAUGAUGCGUACUUAGCCAAGGCAGAUAAAAGGGUUGGCCUGCAAAUAAGGGUAUUCCAUGCUAAUGCUGCUCAUAUUCAAACUGUUAUGGAUCAAAUAUCAGAAUGCACUGUAAAGAAAAAGCUUCUACCCAAAGUAGACACUACAAAAUCUGCAUCUUCCUCUACCAAGAACCAGAAACCAUCAAAAGUCAUUCUGGUAGCAUCUUUAUAUUCCGAGUUCUACAUGAAUUUAAGUAAUAUGUAUUUGGCUAAACCAGAUUUGUCAGGGGAAGUCAUUGGAGUUUACCAGCCAAGUCAAGAAGGGUAUCAACACCGCGGAGAUAAUAUACAUAAUAUGAAGGCAUGGGCUGAAAUAUAUCUACUUAGUUUGUGUGAUGUGUUGGUGACUAGUGCUUGGUCUACAUUUGGGUAUGUGGCUCAAAGUCUUGGAGGUUUAAAACCAUGGAUUUUGCAGAAGCCAAAGCUAGCAGGGCAUGGAAUAUUCGUUCCGUGUAAACGAGCCACAUCUAUGGAGCCUUGUUUCCAUUAUCCUUUCAGUUAUGAUUGCAAGUCAAGGAACAAUCUUGAUGCUGCUGCUCUUGUUCCUUAUAUAAGGCAAUGUGAGGACAGAGAGUUGGGGGUGAAGCUAUUUAACGAUCAUCAAAAGUUGUAGGAUGAUUUCUUGGAAAUAAUGUAUUCUAACUUGAUUGAUUUUAGCCUGCACAGAUUAGGUAAAUAUAGUUUUAUUACCACAUUUAAAUAUUAAUAAUACUAAUAAUAUAUUUCAUAUUUCAA